AAAAAUAAAAAUAAAAUAAAUAAAUAAAACUUCUCCCUGACUAGACAGGAAAUUGGUCCCAGGUCCGGCUCCCAGGAGGGCAAAGGAAUCCUAGAAGUGGAAACAUCCUGCUCCUUUCUUGUUGUCCUGUCUUCAUCUACUUUUAUCUUUGUCACUUAAUUACAUGCUUUAGCAUUGGGAUCACCUAAUAUCGAUUUCCUUUCAGAUGUGAAAGUAAAGAAAAGACUUAAUAACCAAGAUGCUUUGGAGCCAGAAUGCUUCCCCGAUUAGAUCACAGAAUCUGUGUCUCGUGGUGUGUAUCAGCCUUGUGUUUGGUGCGUUAUCUUCGUUGCCUGAUUUAUCAGAUAAAUCUUGCACUUUCAAGGUGACGUUACACAAUUUCCGGGUCAUCUUAUCGUGGGAAUUAAAAAACCAUUCCAUUGUACCAGAUCACUAUACAUUACAGUACACAGUUAUAAGACCAGACCAUGUGAAGAUUGUGGAGCACUGUUCAAAUAUCACAGCAUCAUUCUGUGACCUAACAGAUUUGUGGGAGGUCCUGCCCGAGACGUACGCCAUCACAGUUGAUGGAUUCAGAGGGAACACAACGCUGGUCACGUGUUUCAUCGAUUUCUUCCUGGCAACACAGAGUGAGUGGAUCUCUGUUUAUCAUCUUCAGCAGCAGCAGCAGCAGCAGCAUCAAGUGCAUCAGUAUUUGCUUUGCUAUGAAAUAGAAAGGUCUGCAAAGGGUGUCUCAGACUCAGGGCUAGGUGCACCACCUGACCCUGCCACUUUCCUAGCUCUGAAGUAUUUACUUUGCUUCUCUGAGCCUCAGUUUUCUUAUCCAAAAGGUGGGAUGAUGGUCUGUACUUUGCAGAGGAUUCCUCUAUGCCUGAGUGAGGCAGGUAUUCCGGCAGCAGUGGCCACUACUUUCUGGUAUAUUUCAGAAGCUGAUAGGAAGUAGAUAGUGAGGUCCAGAUGGCCUGUAUCUGAGCUGUCACAACUCUUUGGGCCAGUGUUCUCCUUAAUACUGCAACCCCUCCCCCGGAUCAUAACCCAGUAGCUCUUAUCUAUGUCAGUUCCCAGACUCAGAGAAGACCGGAGCCCAAGAGUGGAUCUGCCUCUCUCUUCUUUCCCUGUGACUGGAGUCAGGUCCCUAUGGCACUUGCCUUAACAUUCCCAGUGUCAGUGGUCCUCAGCCAGACUCCAGCACUUCUUCAGUGUCUUAAUGUGCAACCUGUUUCCAAGAGAAAGAUUCUGUUUCAGCUCCCUGUUAAAGGCUGUGUGGGUGUGCACUCACACAUAUGUGCUUAUUAUUAUUAGCAAAGUGAUAAUGACCGAAUCCCACUGUCACAAACAACCUAGAUAGGAGAUUCACUGGAAUUGUGUGUAUAUGUUUAUGUGUGUGUAGAAAUGUACAUAUCUGUGUGUGUAUAAAAAAAGAAAAGAAAGAAAAGCACAACUUCUAGAUCAUGGUAUUCAGACUAUUGCAGAAACGAUAUUAAAGUCAGAAAGAUGUCAUUUUUCAAGACUCAAGAUGGUAAAUAUGAGGGCUCUGGGCAGGGGGAAGAU